UAAUUUGCGCAGCGACGAACCUCAGGAUGCUCCGUCUGGCAUGGAACCAGCUGUUGAUCCUAAAUCGGCACUUCAACACGCCAAGGAGGCUGUCAAAGGGAUGAAAUCCCUUUCGAAGCCUGUGCGAUCUGUAGUAUCUACCACCCAAAAUGCACCAGCGGGUCUCGAAGACGCAUAUAAUUUCCAGGAUACAUAUCUCAAACCCCUCAAGAUAUUCGACAGUGUGAUCGAGAAGCUCGCGGAUGUACAUCCAUAUGCAAAGAUUGCACUGGGCGCCUUGUCUUGCGCUUCAAAAAUGGUCAUCGCCCAAGCGGACCGCGAUCAAGCGGACCAUCGUCUUGUCGACAAGUUGGAACAAGUUUAUGACUUCAUGAUGCAAGACGAGACGCUUGGCCAUAUUUCAUCGAUGCGUGGUAUCGUUGGUCAGAUUUCUCAGCAGACCCUCGAAUGUGCCCGCUUCAUCAGAGAUUAUUCAGAGACCAAGAACUUUUGGAAGAGACUCGGGAAAGACAUUCUCACCGAAACCAACAAUGAAAUUCAACAGUACAGUGAUGCGUUGGAUGCGCUCAUGCAGAACUUCCGGGACCAAGUUUCUCGGGACGUCGCUAUUCACACCCACC